AUAAAUUCAUCAAAGAUUAUUUAAGUAUUUGUGAAUGGCGCCCUUACUUGUUAUAGACAGGCCAUUUUGAGCAAGUAGUGUAUCACGUGACUAGACUGCGUUCGAGCGCAUUCAGAAGAUUGUAAAUAGUUGAGUGUAUAUAGUGUGUAAAGAUGAGCUCAUCAAAUAAAACCACCUCGAGGGGUGGUAAAGGAUCGAAAACAGCGGGGGAUGCGGGUGGUAAAAAAACAGAUGGAAAAACAGAUACAGGGACGAACAAAUCAACAAAUAAAUCACAACAGCCACAAUCGUAUGAAUUAACAUUGGCACAAAUAAAGGAUCGUAAAUCUGAUGAUCCGACACUCAAGGACAAAGUGAAACAGGUUAUGGACACAACAUUUAAGUCGGAGGAGGAAGUGUGCCUGGUUCUACAUGAUUGUGACUAUGACAUGGAUAAGGCUGUUAUUAUGCUCUUAGAGGGUCAUUCACAGGGUGCAUACGCAACAUCGGUAAAGAAGAAGAAAAAUCGACAAACAAGUACAAGUAAAACAGAAACCGGUGACGGUGGUGGAACUGAAGAUUGGGAUGCAACAACACAGAACAACACAGCGGGAGGUGCACAACAAACUGGUGGGGGCGGAGGAGUGGGCGGUAGUGGCAGUGGGGGUACAACAACAGCAGGUACCGGUGGUGGUGGUGAACGUGAACGCUCUCGAAAUCGUGGUGGUGCACCUCCCAGACUGAGCAAAGGUCGUGGUGAUAGUCGCGGUUGGCGCGGUCGAGAAGGACCACGUGGAGAACGUGGUGAUCGUGAUGGUGGUGAUCGUACUCACGGUGAUGAUGGACGUGGUGGUGAUAAUUAUCGACGUGGUGGUGGACGUAUGAGUAAUGGACCAGGACGAGGUGGUGGCGGUGGACGUGGUGGUCGUGGUGGACGAACUGGCCCACGUACAUAUCAACCACGUGACGGUGGUCCACGUGGCUCACACAAUCGUAAUACUGUUGAUACUUGGGAAGACACGUCACAAAUGAACAGUCAGAAUGGUAUGAAGAAACGAAACAAUAAUGACAAUUUCCCACAACCUGAGGAGUGGGAUAACGAGGAGUACCGUGGAACCUUAGGUGGUGUUGAUACGUGGGAAGAUACAUUCCCACAACCAGAAGAUUGGGACAAUGAAGAAUAUACAGGGUCAUUGGCUGAUACAAAAGUAUUUACACCAAGUCAAGCUAUGGAAGCAGCUGCAGCCGUUGCAGCCGCAGCAGCAUCGUUAAAUGCAGCGAACGCAGCUGCUGGUGUACCUGAUCUAAGUGCGUCGAUGGUGGUGACAUCGUCAACCGUUGAUAAAUCAACAACAGAUCCUACACAAGUUGAUUUAUCACAGCAUUCGACAUCAUCAUCAGCGGCUGCAGCUCUAACACAGGCACUAGAGAUGCGUGCAACACAACAACAAGUCGUGCAACAGCAACAUGUCGCUCCUGUACAUUUACAACAGCCACAAUCGACUACGUUGACGGCUGCACAAUCACAGUAUCUUAGCCAAUUAACACAACAAAAUUCGGAUAGUAUGAAAGUAGCUGCGCAGCAAGUGGCAACAGCACCUUCAUCGUAUCAAGGAACAACCAAUCAGUAUACAGCAUCUGCAGCAAAUGCAUACAGUGCUCAAAGCUAUGGACCAUCAGCAAACAGUUACGGCGGCGCCGGAAACUUACAAGAUCCACAAUCUGUGGUCGUCCAAUCUCAACAACCCACCCAACAACAACGGACUAAAACACAACGUGCCCGAGUUCCUCCACCAUCUAAAAUACCAGCUAGUGCUGUUGAAAUGCCUGGUGAUCUAAAUAGUAUAGGCUUCUUGGAUGUGCAAUUCGGUGGUAUGGAUUUGGUAUCAGACACUACAACAUUUGAUGAUGUUACCAAUAAGUACACAACGUCGUCUGCAUCGGUUGUAGUGAGUGGGGGUAGUAAUGUGCUAGAUAAUACAUCAUCGUCUGUUCAACAAACGUCACAACAACAAGUUACACAGAAUAGUUUGGAUUUAUCGAGUACGUCAAAUCAAACUCCAAGUGCAUCGGUUAUGGAUUCGUAUUCUGCCAGUACACAUCAAGUUGUUUCGUCUAAACAGCAAGUGGCCCAGUCCAAUAUUAGUACAGCGUUGGGACAAAAUCAAAUUUUAUCAAAUACCGACAGUAUUUCACAAACAACAAAUGAUCAUCUAUCAUCGUCAACGGUAGCGGGUAGCGGUUAUACAUCAUCUUCACGGGGUGUUGUCCAAUCAAAUAAUGCUGUUCAAACAGCAAUUGAAACAGUGAACAAAUCAACAGAUGUAUCACAUAACACAUACUCACAGCCACAAUCCAAUUCAUACCAAAGUUAUCAAAGUCAGAAAUCAUCACAAUCAGCGUAUCAAACACCAGCUGGUUAUAACACAACAUAUUCAACGAAUACACAGGUGACGUCUUCAGCAAGUUCGUACCCAACAAAUCAAUCAACAAAUAGUUAUUCAAAUAGUCAAACAUCAAAUUCUGGUUAUAAUCAAAGUACGGUUAAUAAUUCAUCAUCGUAUCAAACAAAUUCUUAUCAAACAGCGUCGUCUUAUCAAAAUGUAACACCUGCAUUCUCAUCGAUAAGUAAUCAACCGACGUCAUCAUUUCCAAGUAAUAAUCAAUCAUCAGGGUAUCAAACAAAUCCUAGCCAAUCAGUAUAUGCGGCUGCUGCUGCUGGUAUAAAUAAUACAAAUAGUUAUCCAAAUCAAUAUAAUAGUUACAAUACACAAAGUACGAAUCAUAAAUUAACAAGUACAGGGGGUUCAAGUGCAAAAGAUGUACAACAACAAGUACAAUAUGAUACAAGUGGUGUAAAUACUGGUGGUGGUAGUCAAGUGAGUCAAGGUUCAGUUGGUGUUGGUUCAGUGAAUCAAGGUGUUAAUAGUCAAUCGUCUGGUGGUGUGAAUCAAGCAAAUGUUGUAAGCAGUGUAAAUACUACACCAACGUUAGCAGCUUUAAGUCAAACUACAACGUCUGUUAAUACUAAAGUUACUACGACAUCAACAGCUAAAAGUGGUGUUGUACCAAAUAUACCUCCAGGUGUUGCACCUAUGAUGGGUACACAAUAUAUAAUGGGUCAAGCUGGUAUGCCAUUCUAUCAACAACCGGUCUAUUCAUUUGAAGAAUUACAAUUGUUACAACAACGAAUACCACACAUGACCACUGGUUACUAUGAUAUACCAUAUCAAGCACCCACAUCAUUAGCGACAGGAGCUGAACGUGGUGCUUCUUUAGCAAGUGUUGCAUAUUCAAUGUCAGAUGGACGAUUUACACGUGCGGAUAAUAAUGCAUCACCUGUGCCUUCUACAAUUUCACAACAAAUUAGUACGACAACGCAAGCACAUCAGGCACAACCAAUGUUAAAUGCUACAGCGUUACCACCAGGAUAUGCAUAUUUCUAUAACACAAGUAUGAUGCCAGGUGGCUAUCAAUAUGGUACACCCGCUAUUUACUCUCAAAUGCCAACAGCAACAAAUGCACAUGGUUCAACAACAAGUCAGUAUCCUAAACCAGGAAGCUAUGGUUCUGGAUAUAACAGUGCUUAUGAUGCACUAUCACAAUCACAGGAUUAUAAUAAGAGUGCAUAUGUGGGUGGUCCAAAUCAAUCACAAAACAAAGCUGGAGUAGCUGUUACUACUGGCUCAUCAGCUACAGAUCUCACAUCUAUGUAUGGUAAAUCACAUGUCGCUUUAGGGAAAGUUAAUUCUUAUGAUAAACAAGGUUUUCAUUCUGGUACACCACCCCCAUUCAAUUUGGCUGGUAGUCAAAGUGCGGGCUUAGCACCCAGUGGACAAUAUACACCACAUCUAUUUAUUCCAACAAUGGCUCCGCAUCAAACUCAUCAUAGUACUACGCUUAUGCAUCAACCAUUACAUCAAAUGGACGUGCGCCAAACAAGUCGACGCACGGAUACGGCAAACAGCAGUGGGCAACGCUCUCAGACUUCGAGCCAAGCGAAGCCAGGUUCAAAACAAGCAUACCAAACUUCGUAUUGGAAUCAAGCUUAAGUGCUGUGAUCCCACCCCACCAAUAUGCCCGUUUCUCACAAUACACACACACAACACUACUAUGUCCGCUGAAUUCGUUGGUGUUUUGACUUGAUUUGUGAGAGUUACAGCGUCUUCAAGUAAACGCGACUUUCUCUCUCAUCCUGUACACAUACACACAAAAAAGAUGCAAAAAUUAACAAAAAAAAAAAGAGUUUUAGAAAAAAAGUUUUUAAUUUUUUUUAUUACCAUCGUAUUUGAAAAAAAAACAUUUUUUUGAACGUAUAUUAAACUUAAGUUUAUAAUUUAAAUAUAACCUCUCCCCUCAACCUCUAACACAGAACCUACACACAUCCCUUCUUACAGAUUUUUCUCCCCCGAACCCCAUUGAACUUUUUUUUUUCAAAUAUUUAACCCUAUUUUUUAUUUAA